GUCGACAUUUACUAUGUUAUCGAAUAGUUAAACAACUAUCAGGCUCUCCUCUAGUACAUUUUCCCUGUGUUAGCUAAACCAACUAUGCAUUCUUUACCCUUGCUAUAUUGUAGCCUUGAAAAUUUCAUAGAGUAUAUGGUGUAUAUGUCUCUUCGGAGAGCUUCGCAGAUUUUGUUUUCGGCCUUCCAGUCUGUCAGAAAUUUUCAAGGGUAUUUAAAAACGUGGCCAGUGUCUAGGCAACGCAAACUCGCCUCGGAUAUAUUUCAAGUCAAGGGGUAUUUUUACCCAAUUGCUACCAUAAGUACCGUUAGAUCAAGUUUGAUUUCAAUACUCAUCGAUUGCACCACGGAAGUUUCUGUUUAUUGAAAAAAACGUUGUCGCUUAAUCGCUCAGUGGUCACCCUAAAUACCUUUUCGACUCCGACGCAUAAGUAGCAAAAUAAAGAAUGUUACGUAUUUCCUGAGUAAUAUGAAAUCUGUUAAUGAUAAAUCGUUUGAUCAGCUAAAGAAAAUAAAAACAUAUGCAUGUCAUAGAGUAAAUCAAUGAGAUUUUCCGUACCCUUCGGAUUAUGCAGAUUUUACGCAUAUGUUACGACACAUUUCCAGGAACAUAUCAACAAACACAGGGAUUGUACCUUGCGUCCAGAAGGGCCGGUUGGCAAAAACGAUCUCAGUAUUAUGCCUUCUAUUUGUAUAGAUAUGUUUUAAAAUAUGAGAGUUAGUCAUGAAAUGCUUGGUUAGAUUCACUACCAACUGAAAAGAAACACUUUGUUCUAACGAAUUUAAGCUAAUUCUACAUUUCGAUGCCGAUCGGAUCUUAUUUCGGUUCAAGAAAACCAAUGCAGGGUCGUUUGUAUGUAUUAUAACGUAUAAUAUACGUUUUUAUGUACGCAGUAUUUCUUUUCCGGGAGUCAAUAUCUCUGUCCGUUCACUCUGCUCGGGCAAUCAAACGCGCCACCUGUUAUCGUGAUCGUUUCCCUUGGCCGCCAUUGUUUGCGACCCUAAUACUCAGCUUUGAAGUAGUGUGGCUUCGUGCAAUGUCGUGUGCGUCUCUAAGGCGAGUGUCUACAACGGCGAAAAGUUUGAAGAUAUGAUACCGUUAAGUUCUAAUGCUGUUUAAAUUUCGUGUACUGUAACGUGUUAGGUGUAGUAUGAUUUACGCAAUGAUUGGCAUUACUAUUCAGGCUAAUCAGGUGGAAUAGUUGCAGACCUAAAACUUGGCCUUUGGUCAAUUUGUGGCUCUUUUUACGAACAAGUUCCAAACCUGCAACAAAAUCAUAGGAAGCAAUAGAAAGAGACCAGUUACUCGUUAGUGCAAAAAUAUUAUUGAAGUCGUGGAAUGAACUCAGACCACUAAAUUUGGCAAGCCAAAUGAAUCGUUAUCAGCUAUAGGGAUACAACUUAUUAACUACUCGUUUCUUUCCAGCAUUUGAUCCAUAAUUGAAGUAUCGUUCAUUUUCUUGAUUUGACACUAUAGUGAAAAGUGGUUUUAGUAUACGACAUGGCUCUCCGUGGAAUUCGAGUUUUGGAAUUAGCUGGUUUAGCGCCAGCUCCGUUUUGCGGAAUGAUUCUCGCAGACUUUGGCGCUGAUGUCAUUCGCGUCGACAUGCCAAUAUCUCGUAGAGCUGUCGUUGACCGUAUGGCUAGAGGGAAGCGUUCAAUUGGGAUCGACCUGAAACAGCAACGCGGUCGUGAGUUGUUGAAAAAACUUGCCGACCGGAGCGAUGUCCUUAUCGAUCCGUACCGACCUGGUGUUCUUGAAGGAAUGGGACUUGGACCCAUAGAACUUUUCAAAACAAAUCCAGGUCUGGUAGUGGCGCGCAUUACUGGUUACGGACAAGAUGGACCACUCUCGAAAGUUGCCGGCCACGAUAUCAACUAUGUCGCUACAUCAGGCGUCCUGUCGAUGUUGGGUAAGUCAAAAGCUCCUCCGUUUCCGCCUGUGAACCUUUUAGCCGAUUUUGCUGGAGGAGGUCUCCUAACAGCGAUGGGUGUCUGUGCUGCCUUGUUUGAAAGGUCCAAAUCCGGAAAAGGACAAGUAGUAGACACCUCAAUGACGGAAGGUACUGCUUACAUAUCAGCUUUUCUGUGGAGAACUCGUUGCUCUGAAGGGGGUGUCCCGAUAUGGUUUACUGAGCGGGGCAGCAAUCUUCUCGAUGGGGGCGUCCACUUUUAUCAGACAUACGAAACAUCAGACGGCAAAUACAUGGCUGUGGGCGCAUUGGAACCACAGUUCUACGCCGAGUUCGUAAAAGGGCUGGGCAAAAAUCCUGAUGAGUUUCCGCAGAUGCAAAAUAUGGAUGAAGCGAAAGAAGAGGUAUCCAAAAUAUUCAAGGCUAAGACGCAAGCGGAAUGGACUGCCAUAUUUAAAGAUACAGAUGCGUGCGUUACUCCGGUGAUUGAUUUUGAAGAAGUGGCCGAAAACGAACUCCAUAAAGCCCGCGGCACCUUCGUCAAGUACGGCGGUGCCCUAGCUCCGAUGCCAUCUCCACGUUUGUCUCGCACGCCUGCACAACUAUCGAAACUUUGCGACCCAAAGAUUGGAGAGCAUACACUGGAGAUUCUUGAAGAACUAGGCAUCAGUCAAGCAGAAACAGACAGCCUGAUCAAAGAUAAUGUUGUUAAUCUUACAAAGGCUAAAAUAUAGCCUAAAAUACAAGGAAAGAGAAGCAGAGUUCUACAAUGUUUUCGAGUUCAUCGAAUCAAUGCCGCAAAAAUUAUUAAUAUCCUUUUCAAUAAUUCUUUCAAUAGAAUUUGAUUUUAGAAUAAUCAAGCUAAAUUUCAAAUCACAUCUUCACUAAAAGAGAAUUUAUUUCAGCUAGGCUUGCAUAUAUGCAUUACGUGCAUACUUACGGCACCAUAAAGCAUACAAAUAUAAAGUAUGAUUAUACUUAGUAGCAGUGUUUACUUAAUGUUUAGGAAAACAUUUGUGUGUUUAGAGUGCCAACGCUCAAACAUGUGAUGUAUGUCCUUGAACCUACCUAUGCUUUCCUGUGCUUUAUAGAAUCGUCGUACACUUUCUUGGCUACUGAUAAGGAAAACGAGUAAUUAAAUAAAAACAUUUGGUACAAAGACAAGUGUAUUUUUGUACAAAGCUUUCUUAAAGAAAAGUACUGAACUGUA